AUGCGGACACUUUUAUUGGCUACCGUACUUCCAGCAGCGGUUUUUGCCGUCACUUGCUAUAAUGGUCUUAAACUCAUCCAAGGCACCUCGGUGGGCGAUGCAACGAUCGAGUGCGGAAACUCGGCUGCACAAUGUUACAAUAUGAGUGCAAGUGCAGGCUCUUUGAUCGACGUCGUGAAAGCCGGGUGUUCGCUGUGGAGAUGCUUGUUUGCCAGCAAUCGUUGCAUUUCAACGACUUUUCAAAAGAUCCCAAUCUCGAUGUGUUGUUGCUCGACAGAUCGAUGCAAUAUGGAUCACUCAGGGAAUGAAAAUCGUCAAACGAUCACUGGCAACAAUGCUCAACCAACCGAGGAAGAAGUCCAACAAAUGGCGAAGAUUAAGAGUCAAUUCGCCGAGUCUCAAGUAGAUGAUGGUUCCGCUCGGCCAACUAGGGACACCGAAGUGACGGAUGCUCCAGAG